AUGAGAAGCAUUAAUCAAGUGAGAUUGAACAAUGGCAUGGCCAUACCUAUAAUUGGCAUGGGAACCUAUUCUUUUGAGAAUGAAAGGAAAGCUACUGAAAAUGCUGUCCAAAUGGCCCUUAAGAUGGGCUACACUCACUUUGACACGGCCCAAGUAUACGGUUCGGAGCCCGCCUUAGGAAAUGCUUUAGGGAAGGCAAUAUCAGACAGUCUAACCGAAAGACGGUCCCUUUUCGUUACAUCCAAAUUGUGGGGAAGCCAUCACCACGACCCCGUCUCGGCGUUAAAACAAACUCUAGUGAACUUAGGGAUGGAGUACGUGGACAUGUAUUUGGUGCAUUGGCCCAUAAAGUUGAAGCCUUGGGCUUUUGGGCCUUUGCCGGAAGAGGAUGAUUUCGAGCAGUUGGAGAUGCAGACGACUUGGGCCGGCAUGGAAAGAUGUCUGGAAAUGGGCCUGUGUAGAGGGAUUGGAGUUAGCAAUUUCUCUUGUAAGAAGAUUGAGAGCCUCUUAGAUUUUGCUGUGGUCCCUCCUGCUGUCAAUCAGGUGGAAAUGCAUCCUAUGUGGAGGCAAGAAAAGCUAAGGAACUUUUGCAACGACCACAAGAUCCACGUAAGCGCCUACUCAGCUCUCGGCGGGCCCGGAAACUUCUGGGGCUCGACAGCUGUGGUCGAAAAUCCAAUCAUCCAAUCAAUUGCCCUCAAGCACAAUGCUACUCCAGCUCAGGUUGCUCUUGGGUGGGGACUAUCCAAAGGGUCAAGUGUUAUUGUGAAGAGCUUCAAUCAGGAGAGGCUUAAGGAGAACAUGGCCUCACUUGAUCUUAAAUUGGAGGACAGUGAUAUUCUUGAAAUUGAGAAAAUAGAUGAGUGGAAAAUAAUGAGGGGUGAAUUUUAUGUCAAUCAAAGAACAAGCCCUUACAAGACAAUUGAAGAUUUAUGGGAUGAUGAGAUUUAA